CAACAUAAUUAUUCUCUUUAGAAUCCUGUCCAUAUUGUCGUAAUCACACACUACAUCCCCGUUUUGCCAACAGAUCCCAUUUCGGCUUUCUAUGAGAAAGCCAGGCGACAGCUUCGGAAUUCGGCCAAGGAACGACCUUAAGUCAACCGACACACCCGAUUUCCUUAAGCCUAAGUAUACGAAGCACAAUAAAUGGGUUGAGAAAGAAAUAGAAGGACUCAAGAAUUGGAUUACAAGUGACAAUCACAUUAAAGGAACUCAACAGAAGCAUUCCACCAUGGUGAAGGAACACGCACCGCCAAAGGCGCCGCUUGGCCCUUUGGGAUCUAACGAAACAAAUGGCAUUACUUCAAACCAGACAACUGAAAAAACAUCAGGUGUUGCAAACACCAGCACAGUCAACGCUACUUCAAAUGCACGACCUGCCCCUGGCCCUGCACCAGCUAUCAAGUCGCGAGCUUUCUCUAAAAACAUCGAGGACAAAUAUGCCAACCUCUUCAUUCAACCAAAAAGCCGCCCAGAACACCACCGACCACAACGAAUCUCGGGACCGUUGCAGCCUACUUUUAAGGACAAGAAGCCGCCACCACCUCCCAUGUUCAAUACCAUACCCGGCCCGGAAGGAUCGUCUAAUAAUCCAAUAUCGGUCCCAGAUGGUCCAGUCUCAAUAUAUAGCCAACCUGGAAUUUAUUCUACGUACGUCGACCCGAAGAAAGCCGCUUCCGAUAUCAAAGCUUUGCUCGAAGGCAGUAUAGAAGAUGAGCAGGAGAAUGAAGUGAAGGAAGAAGAUGAGGAAGAUAAGUCUCGCGUUGAAGGGCUCAGCGUACCACUCUUGCGCCAUCAGAUCGAGGGUGUAGAGUGGAUGAAAGGCCGCGAACUCGGUCCUGUCAAGAAAGGGAAGGUACCCAAAGGCGGUCUGCUUGCUGACGACAUGGGAUUGGGGAAAACCUUACAAUCUAUAGCCCUUAUCUUGAGCAACCAAAAGCCACAAGACAAAUACCCGGGAGUCGAGAAGACGACAUUGGUUGUCGCCCCUCUAGCACUUAUCCGUCAAUGGGAGGCUGAGUUAAAAGAAAAGGUGACUGAAUCUCACAGGAUGAAAGUCCUUGUGCAUCACGGACCACAACGCACCAAGCGCUUCGAAGACCUCCGUCGAUAUGAUGUAGUCAUCACAACCUAUCAGAUCCUAGUGUCUGAGCAUGGCCACUCUAGUGACAGCUUGAAAGCUGGUUGUUUCGGACUACAUUGGUAUCGGGUCAUCUUGGAUGAAGCACAUACGAUCAAGAACAGAAAUGCCAAGGCUACAAAGGCGUGUUACGAACUUAGAAGCGUAUUUCGUUGGUGUCUUUCUGGAACUCCGAUGCAGAAUAACCUAGACGAGCUGCAAAGCUUAGUCAAAUUUCUCAGAAUUAAGCCCUACGACGACCUUCGCGAAUGGAAGGAUCAUUUCGAAAUACCGAUGAAGAACGGCAAAGGAGAUGUUGCAAUGCGCCGUCUUCAUAGCUUACUGCAAUGUUUCAUGAAACGUAGAACCAAGGACAUCUUGAAGGUGGCUGGCGCUCUCAGCACUGGCGGAAAGGAAUCCAAGGACGGCGAAAAGGGCGCAACCUCCAGCUUCAAAGUUACCGAGAGAAAGGUUGUAACGGUCGCGGCUGAGUUUACGCCAGCUGAGAGACGUUUCUAUGAUAGAUUGGAAAAGCGUACAGAUAAGAGUCUCGAACAGAUGAUGAGGAACAAGCUUAACUAUGCCAGUGCCUUGGUGCUUCUCUUGCGCCUCCGACAGGCUUGCGACCACCCAAAGCUUGUCGAAGGCAAACUCGAGAAGGACAAGGAUGCCUUGUCUGAAGAGACGAAACCGAAGAAAAAUGAUGCAGACAUGGAUGCUCUUGCUGACCUUCUAGGUGGAUUGGGUGUCGAGACUAAGCACUGUGAUAUCUGUGGUUGGGAGCUAGACCACGAAAGUCGCCAACCCGGUUCGGACAAAUGCAAGGCCUGCUUCGAAGACCUCGAGUAUUUUAAGCACCACGAAGAGGGAGGAGACCUGAAAACUCCGAAGAUUAGACCAAAAAAGAAGAAGAGCAAGGCCAAGGUUAAGAAGGUGGUGGAACAAAAAGUCAAAAUCGAGGUUGUGAAGAAACGGAAACCCAGAAAUCGACGCGCGGUCAUUGACAGUGACGAUGAAGAGGAGGAAGCUGACUGGAUCGUCUCCGGGGAUGAGCAAGGCCCAUUACGUUUAGGCAAGGCCGGCGGUACAGAUGAUGAAAAUGCCGAGGGCGAAGGCGAAUCCAUCAACUCGGAAGAUUCAGAAGAUGAAGAGACCCAAGACGGCAGUCAAUUAAACAGCUUCAUCGUGGAUGAUGGCAAAGAUACGAAGCCAGAAGAGCUGCAGCGUGCAUUGGAAGAAUCAGAUUCCGAGGAUGAAUUUGAGUCCGUUUCUGUAAUCGAAUCCAAGAUGAGAAAAGCAAAGCUCGAAGACAGCGAGGAUGAUGAAGGGGAUGAGGGCGAUGAUGAAGACGACAAGGAUGAUGAUAAGGAUGAUGACGAGGAAGACGCAGAGACAGAGUCCCAAUCUGAAUCUGAAGAUGAAGAUACUGGUAUUUCCGAAUCCGACAUAGACGGAGAUUCUUCAGAUGAAGAAGGCUACUACCCCCACUCCCGCCGCGAAAAGGAAAGAACACCACACGUCUUAGCAUCCGCCAAGAUCCGGCAGCUCAUCACGCUCCUCCAUAAGGAGGUACACGACCACAAGUUUAUCGUCUUCUCGCAAUUCACCAGCAUGCUCGACCUCGUAGAGCCCUUCUUCCGCAAGGAAGGCAUCAAAUACACGCGAUACGACGGCAGCAUGAAAAACGACGCACGCGAGGAAGCCCUCAACUCCCUACGCAACGACGCGCGCACCAGAGUCCUGCUCUGCUCGCUCCGAUGCGGUGCCCUAGGCCUCAACCUCACAGCCGCCAGCCGCGUCGUCAUCCUCGAGCCCUUCUGGAAUCCAUUCGUCGAGGAACAGGCCAUCGACCGGGUGCACCGCCUCACGCAAACCGUCGACGUCAUCGUCUACAAACUCACGAUCGAGAACAGCGUCGAGGAACGCAUCCUCGAGCUCCAGGAAAAGAAACGACUCCUCGCCGAAGCCGCCAUCGAAAGCGGUGCCAAGAGAGAAGGCGGCCUCAAGCUCGGCCUCAAGGAAAUGAUGGAGUUGUUCCGCCACGUGGGCGAUAGCAGAGGUGUCGGCGAUGCGAUCCCCGGCGUGUAUGAUGAGGACGAGGCCCAUCGACGCGAUCUUGCGGCUUCGAUGUCGACUAUGCGAAGCAAGAAUUCUCAGGCCCCGAAGAAGAAUAGUGAGAGCGCUAUUUAUGGGCGGAGGUGGUGAUGGGGAUGAGUGGGAGUCUUAUUAUACAAAUGUCGUUUAUGAUAGAAGGGUGUUGAAAGGCUCUGCUUUCUCGUUGGGUUGGGUUAUGAUUAAUGGAUAACUAACCUUAGGUAUUUUUAUAAAUACAAUGAAGUGUGCAUGCAAUAUAUUUUGAGUAGAUCUUGUGGUCGAGGUUAUGGUAC